UCAAAUCUACCCGCCCAAAUCUAUAAACCCUAAUUUCCCCAAUCCUAAAACCCUGAUCGUUUCACCUCCAUGAAACAAUGGAACCCCAGACUCCCACCAGUUCGCAACCCAUACUCUACGAGACCCUAACCCCAAUUUCUCUCCCCUCUUUGCCUGCAGCCCAAUCUCCGCCGUUCAAUGAACCGCCUUUCGAACCCUACACCGUUUUCCGCAACGAAAUCUCUCUAUCAGCUGAAAAUUCCAUCUCCUUGGACUCGGCGGCGCCGGAUUAUUUCUCCCUUGAUGUUAAUGACCCGGCUGAGCCGGUGAUAGUUCAGGCUUCGGUCUCGGCUUGGGAUGAACCGGAGCCGAAGACGCCGGGUGUUGUGGAUGAGCCGAGGCUUGAGAACGAGUGGUGGUUUCGUGGGAAUAGUAGGUUUAAGAGUCCAAUGCUUCAGUUGCAUAAAGAGAUAGUGGACUUCUGUGAUUUCUUAUCCCCAACUCCAGAAGAGCAAGCAGCACGUGAUGCAGCUGUAGACUCUGUUUUUGAUGUUAUCAAAUACAUAUGGCCUGCAUGCGGGCCAGAAGUUUUUGGGUCAUUCAGGACAGGACUUUAUUUACCAACAAGUGAUAUUGAUGUUGUGAUUCUUGGGUCAGGUAUAAAAAAUCCACAGACUGGUUUGCAUGCUCUUUCCAGGGCAUUAUCUCAAAAGGGAAUUGCAAAAAAGAUGCAGGUGAUUGCAAAAGCUCGUGUGCCAAUAGUUAAAUUUGUAGAAAAGAAAAGUGGUGUUGCAUUUGAUAUAAGCUUUGAUGUGGAUAAUGGACCGAAAGCAGCUGACUUUAUCAAGGAAGCGGUACUGAAAUGGCCUCAAUUACGACCAUUGUGUUUGAUUUUGAAAGUAUUUUUGCAACAGAGAGACCUGAAUGAGGUAUAUUCAGGUGGAAUAGGUUCAUAUGCUCUCCUUGCAAUGCUCAUGGCCAUGUUGCAGAGUCUGCAUGAAUCCCAAGCUUAUCAAGAACAUAACUUGGGGAUUCUCUUGGUACACUUUUUUGAUUUUUAUGGACGCAAAUUGAACACUGCGGAUGUUGGUGUGUCUUGCAAUGGGAGAGGAGGCACUUUCUUCUUGAAGAGUAGCAGAGGGUUUUCAAACAAAGGACGGCCGUUUCUCAUCUCCAUUGAGGAUCCACAGGCUCCAGACAAUGACAUCGGGAAGAAUUCAUUUAACUUUAUCCAGAUUAGAUCAGCUUUUGGGAUGGCUCUUAGUACCUUGACUAAUCCGAAGGCCAUCUUGUCUCUGGGCCCCAACAGAAGCAUUCUUGGUACCAUAAUUAGACCAGAUCCAGUUUUGCUCGAGCGCAAAGGAGGAUCUAGUGGUGGUGUCACUUUUAGUAGCUUGCUUCCUGGAGCUGGGGAGCCUUUACAGCCAUUGUAUGGAGAGCAGCAGGACAUUUUGUGCAAUUGGCAGUUGGAUGAUGAAGAACCACUGCCUCGAGGAGAUGGUGUUGAUGUAGAUGUUAGUGCUCAAUCCUCUGGAAGAAAGAGGAAAUCUGCUUCCAAAGAAAGAUCCAAAAAGAAAAAGGUAAAAGAAAAUGGUGAUGCAAGAAAGGUCUGGCAUGAAGAAACAGUUUUUAAGAAAGAAAAGAGUACAAGGAAGAAAGGUUACCAUAAUGAUGCCAAUGGUUUUGGUCGUCAUGGUGGUAGUUCCUCUUGGAGUCGCUAGAAUAAUCAAACCCUUGCGUUGUCAGCUUAAAUCAUUCAAGAAUCAGUCUGGCCACUAAACGGUGGUCUAGUUGUGCUGUCAUAUCAAUUGCAGCGAGGAUGAAGCAUGAUGUCAAGAUGUACUACUGAAGGCUAUCAUACAAGAUUGUAGGAUUGCUGUUCUGUGCAGGCUUGAAUGGAUUUAAGCUCAGUAGUUCUGGCUAACAAAAACUUUUCCACUACUUUGUUAGCUUGCAGAUGAGGUCCUCCUAUAGUUGAGCAAAUUAUCAAAGAAUAGGGGAAGAAUCUUAGCAUUCUUUCAUACUAUUUAAUGGAACAUUAAAUUAAUUAAAACAGUUUUGUUCACAUUACCCUUUUUUUUUUUCCAAUGUAUAUUGAGGCACUGUGAUAUUGGAAGAACAGAGCCAUUUUGGAGUGCA